GGCAGCGCAGACCCGGCGCGGGCCGGAGCCGCGGCGCCCGGAAGACCCGGCUCCGGGGCGCAGACCCCGCCCGGGCUGGCUCGGCGCCGGCCUCCGAGCUUCCACUCAGUCUUUGAACCCCCCCCCGGCCCCCCCCCGCCGCAGACCGCACAACUGUAACCGCUGCCCGGGCCUCCGCUGCUCCUUCUCCGGCGGGGCGGCGGCAUGGCUGUGUCCUGGAGGAGCUGGCUGGCCAACGAAGGGGUUAAACACCUCUGCCUGCUUAUCUGGCUCUCCCUGAACGUCCUGUUUUUCUGGAAAACGUUCCUGCUAUAUAACCAAGGGCCAGAGUAUCACUACCUCCACCAGAUGCUAGGGCUAGGAUUGUGCCUAAGCAGAGCCUCCGCAUCUGUUCUGAACCUCAACUGCAGCCUUAUCCUUUUACCCAUGUGCCGGACAAUCCUGGCUUACCUUCGAGGAUCCCAGAAGGUUCCAAGCAGGAGAACCAGAAGACUGUUGGAUAAAAGCAGAACAUUCCAUAUAACCUGUGGUGUUACUAUCUGUAUUUUCUCAGGUGUGCACGUGGCUGCCCAUCUGGUAAAUGCCCUCAACUUCUCGGUGAACUACAGUGAGGAGUUCGUUGAACUGAAUGCAGCAAGAUACCGGAAUGAGGAUCCUAGGAAACUUCUCUUUACAACUGUUCCUGGUCUGACUGGGGUCUGCAUGGUAUUCGUGCUAUUCCUGAUGAUUACAGCUUCUACAUAUGCAAUACGAGUUUCUAACUAUGACAUCUUCUGGUACACUCACAAUCUCUUCUUUAUCUUCUACAUGCUGCUGAUGUUGCAUGUUUCAGGAGGGUUGCUGAAGUAUCAAACUAAUUUAGAUACCCACCCUCCUGGCUGCGUUUAUCUUAAUGGAUCCCGCUACCGGAAUAGUCACUUAUCAGAGUAUCUCUCAGAACGUUUUCAUGAAUCUUUCCCAGGAGGGUUUUCAAAACCAGAUGAGCUUACCCGGAACACAUUUGUGAAAAUUUGUAUGGAAAAGCCGAGGUUCCAAGCUAAUUUUCCACAGACUUGGCUUUGGAUUUCCGGACCUUUGUGCCUGUAUUGUGCUGAAAGACUUUAUAGGUGCAUCCGAAGCAAUAAGCCAGUCACCAUCGUCUCGGUCAUAAGUCAUCCCUCAGAUGUUAUGGAAAUCCAAAUGGUCAAAGAAAACUUUAAAGCAAGACCUGGCCAGUAUAUUAUUCUACAUUGUCCCAGUGUGUCUGCAUUAGAAAACCAUCCAUUUACCCUCACAAUGUGUCCUACUGAAACCAAAGCAACAUUUGGGGUCCACCUUAAAAUAGUAGGAGACUGGACAGAACGAUUUAGAGAUUUACUACUUCCUCCAUCUAGUCAAGACUCCGAGAUUCUGCCUUUCAUUCAACCUAGAAAUUAUCCCAAGCUAUACAUUGACGGUCCGUUUGGAAGUCCAUUUGAGGAAUCAUUGAACUAUGAGGUUAGCCUCUGCGUGGCAGGAGGCAUUGGAGUAACUCCUUUUGCUUCAAUACUCAACACGUUGCUGGAUGACUGGAAACCAUACAAGCUUAGAAGACUAUAUUUCAUUUGGGUGUGCAGAGACAUUCAAUCCUUCCAUUGGUUUGCAGACUUACUCUGUGUGUUGCAUAACAAGUUUUGGCAAGAGAACAGACCUGACUAUGUCAACAUCCAGCUGUACCUCAGUCAAACAGAUGGGAUACAGAAGAUAAUUGGAGAAAAAUAUCAAGCACUGAAUUCAAGACUUUUUAUUGGACGUCCUCGGUGGAAACUUCUGUUUGAUGAAAUAGCAAAAUGUAACAGAGGGAAAACGGUUGGUGUUUUUUGCUGCGGACCCAGUUCAAUUUCUAAGACUCUUCAUAAACUGAGUAACCGAAGCAACUCAUAUGGGACAAGAUUUGAAUAUAAUAAAGAAUCUUUCAGCUGAAAAUCUUUGAGAGGAACCAGGACUCUGAAGAAGGAAUGAGUGCAAUUUCUAAGACUCUUUGAAAUUCAGCUGAAUCAAACAGCUGUGUCAUGCCAAAGAGUAGCAAGGUUUUCUUAUUUAUGAUUAUUUAAAAUGGAAAUGCAGAGAAUGUGGCAAGAUGACAGGUCACAUUACACGUUUAAUCUGGAAACCAAAGAGGCCCUGAAGAAUAUUUGCUGUGAUGAUUCAUUUUUCAAUGCUAGAAUUAAAAAGAAAACUAUUAGAUUCACACUCUUGAUUUUUAUGGCUGAUUCAAGAACUCCCCAGUGAGGAGCGGCACUGGCUUACUGUGAGGCUGAUAGCCUGGGUCCUCUUUAAAUUGUUUUUGGUUGAACAAAUGCAAGAUUGAACAAAAUUAAAAAUUCACUGAAACUCAGAUUACAUUUUCUACAUAAGUAUAAACAGAGUAGCUUUGAUUUAGAAAAGUUCUAGGCAAAUAUAUUAGAUGUUUGAAGAUACAGCACAGGAAUCUAUUGAUACGGGUAAUUAGUGUCGAUAUCUAAUCUUCCUCAUUACCGAUGCUAAUACCUAUACUUGAUAUCUGUAGACUUUAUAUUGAGUGAACCUUGUACAGAUGUUGAUAUCGUAUCUAUUUUUAUAUAUUUCUUUCUUUUUUUCCCCCCUUCUGUCUAGGGAAAUCUUCCCUCUCUUGGCAUGCAUUAGGCACAAGGAUUUAAUCAGUCAUUUUCACCCUCAAUUUAUUUAAUCUAUUACUGUUGCAUAGUAAUGAAACAAUCACUACUAUAAAUUAUAAAGGGAUAUAUAGACUAAUAACUUUUUCCCCUUUUCAGCAUUGUGAUCUCUAUUAUUUUGAUUUACUUUUUUCCCCAGCAUAAUUUAUCUUACUUUUUAGCCUCCUUAAGGGACUUUGUUUAAUUUGCACUUGAGACCAAAGGCAUCGCCUUUGUCAGUAGCCACUGAGAUAGAUAGAAGAUCUCUCGUUUGCCACACAUUGGUUUAUGCUGGAGACAUUGUAGCCGCUUUCCUAUCACAUUCCUAACAGGAAACCUGUAUUUUACUUUCUAUACAAGAUAAAUACUUCAUUAGUUAUUCAAAUUUAAGUUCAGAAUCAAGAAUACUAUUGUUGUACCUUCUGAUAUUCUGGGUCUCAGUAGGGAAUCAUUGAGUUUCAAGUUACUGUUGGGAUUACUCUGUAUGAUCCUAUCAGUAGUUCACUCUCCCUGGCCAUUUAUAGUUUUGGCUCCAGGAAAAAUCUACUUUACUACCUUAAGAAUUAAGGCUUUUUUUUUUUAUACAGUUUAGUGAUUUUGUUUAAUAGACAUCUAUCAAUUGCUAUCAAAUAUAGCACAUUGCUGAAAUCAACACUAUAACUUAUUUUACUUUGGUUAAGAUUUUCCAUGAUAUAACUUGAUAGAUGCUACUGUCACUUUUUUGCUCUGAUUCACCAAUAGUGAUCAAGCAUGUUAAACUAUUGAAUGCCGAUAAACAUAUUAUUUACAGAUAUUUCUUUCUCUCCUUGGAAUUCUAUAAUUUCCCUCUGUGGAAGGAAGUUGAGUCAGAAAAAGAUAUGGGAAAUGUGCAAUGUUCCUGCAGCUUUAUCUCUGAAGGCAUAUUUAAUAACCAAUACAUCUUGAUAACACUAUCUAAAUUAAAAAGAAUUUUCAUGAGAACAAAUAACAGAAAGAACUAGUAAAAAGAAACUUAAUUUAGUAAAAGCUUCGUGUGCAAUACUGACUCUUUAUUGGUUAUAAUUUAUUCAAGUGAUUAUAUUAAUACACUUAAUUACAGUUAAACAGGUGGAAGACUUUUCAAAAGAAGAGUGAUCUUUCCAAGUAAGUAGGUCUGCUAUUCUAGAUGAGCCCUCUGUAUAUUUUAAAUUCCAGUUGAUGUUCAAACAUUAAGUGUUAACACAGGUAAUUUUUGCUUCUGUAGGUAGGAAUGAAACUACAGUUUCAUGAGGCAUGCAUAAGAGAGCUAUGUUUUGUUUCAGGGAUUCUUUCUAGCCAAUUCUUGUCACCCAGAUCUUAAAACAAUAAUUUUAGUGGCAAUAAAUGUUAAAAUUGAAAUGGUAUCCUUGAAAUCUCUAUUAGCUUACUUUACCUUGCAACAAAUAAAGCAG